GCUCGGGCGCUGAUUGGUCGCGUCCUGCGCAGCGUCGCAUCGCAAUCAUCGCGUCUGCGUUGCGGGCGAUUAUUUUGUCAUUGGAAUCAGCAGCGGAGGAUGAAAUAGCGGCCCGCGGGUGUGUGUGAGUGUGUGUGCGCGCGACCGGCGGCAGAACGCGCGAGUCUCCGCUUCCAGCACCGAUUACCGCUCCCGCCGCGCCGCGCAGGUGCAGCUCAUCUCGCUCCUUCUCCUCAGUUUCUACGUAGCUCCUCCUCCUCCUCCUGCAGUGCAUCAUGGGUAACCGUGGUAUGGAGGACCUGAUCCCCCUGGUGAACCGGCUGCAGGACGCCUUCAGCUCCAUCGGGCAGAGCUGUAAUCUGGACCUGCCGCAGAUCGCCGUGGUGGGCGGACAGAGUGCCGGCAAGAGCUCCGUGCUGGAGAACUUCGUGGGCCGUGUUGAACCUGACCCUGAUUGAUCUGCCGGGCAUCACUAAGGUUCCAGUGGGUGAUCAGCCUGCAGAUAUCGAGCAGCAGAUUAGAGAAAUGAUCAUGCAGUUCAUCUGCAGAGAGAGCUGCCUCAUCCUCGCCGUCACUCCGGCCAACACUGACCUGGCCAACUCCGACGCGCUCAAACUGGCCAAAGAUGUGGACCCGCAGGGGCUGCGGACGAUCGGUGUGAUCACCAAGCUGGACCUGAUGGAUGAAGGAACGGACGCUCGAGACGUGUUGGAGAACAAGCUGCUGCCGCUGCGCCGCGGGUACAUCGGGGUGGUGAACCGCAGCCAGAAGGACAUCGACGGCAAGAAGGACAUUAAAGCGGCGCUGGCGGCGGAGAGGAAGUUCUUCCUCACACACCCGUCAUACAGACACAUGGCGGACAGCAUGGGGACGCCACACCUGCAGAAGGUCCUCAACCAGCAACUGACCAACCACAUCCGCGACACACUGCCGGCGUUUCGGAGCAAACUGCAGACGCAGCUGCUGGCGCUGGACCGAGAGGCGGAGGAGUACCGGCACUACAGACCCGAUGACCCGUCACGCAAGACCAAAGCACUGCUGCAGAUGGUGCAGCAGUUCUCGGUGGACUUUGAGAAGCGUAUCGAGGGCUCUGGAGAUCAGGUGGACACAGUGGAGCUCUCAGGAGGAGCCAAGAUCAACCGCAUCUUCCACGAGCGCUUCCCCUUCGNGUGUGUGCAGAUGGAGUGUGAUGAGAAGGAGAUGCGUCGUGAGAUCAGCUACGCCAUCAAGAACAUCCACGGCAUCAGGACGGGCUUGUUCACUCCUGAUAUGGCGUUCGAGGCGAUCGUGAAGAAGCAGGUGGUGAAGAUCAAGGAGCCGUGCAUCAAGUGUAUUGAUCUGGUGGUGCAGGAGCUGAUCAAUACAGUCCGCCAGUGCUCCAAUAAGCUGGACUCGUUCCCACGGUUACAGGAAGAGACGGAGCGCAUCGUCACCACACACAUCCGAGACCGUGAGAGCCAAGCCAAAGAGCAGGUCCUGCUGCUCAUCGAUAUCCAGCUGGCCUACAUCAACACUAACCACGAGGACUUCAUCGGCUUUGCCAA